GACAAUAAACGUGUUGGGGGCACUGAGUAAUGUAGCCAUUUCUGACCCGGCAGCCAGGAAAAUGUGAAACAAUUUGCUUCUGGAAACAGGACAGCCAGGGCUGUGUUGCUGCAAGAGCAGACCAACCACCGCGGCGGACCCAGGCAAGCACGGAACAAGCUGAGAUGGAUGAUAAUAUGGAUACAAAAUCUAUUCUAGAAGAACUUCUUCUCAAAAGAUCACAGCAAAAGAAGAAAAUGUCACCAAAUAAUUACAAAGAACGGCUUUUUGUUUUGACCAAAACAAACCUUUCCUACUAUGAAUAUGACAAAAUGAAAAGGGGCAGCAGAAAAGGAUCCAUUGAAAUUAAGAAAAUCAGAUGCGUGGAGAAAGUAAAUCUCGAGGAGCAGACGCCUGUAGAGAGACAGUACCCAUUUCAGAUUGUCUAUAAAGAUGGGCUUCUCUAUGUCUAUGCAUCAAAUGAAGAGAGCCGAAGUCAGUGGUUGAAAGCGUUACAAAAAGAGAUAAGGGGUAACUCCCACCUGCUGGUCAAGUACCAUAGUGGGUUCUUCGUGGACGGGAAGUUCCUGUGUUGCCAGCAGAGUUGUAAAGCAGCCCCAGGAUGUACCCUCUGGGAAGCAUAUGCUAAUCUGCAUACUGCAGUCAAUGAAGAGAAACACAGAGUUCCCACCUUCCCAGACAGAGUGCUGAAGAUACCUCGGGCAGUUCCUGUUCUCAAAAUGGAUGCACCAUCUUCAAGUACCACUCUAGCCCAAUAUGACAACGAAUCAAAGAAAAACUAUGGCUCCCAGCCACCAUCUUCAAGUACCAGUCUAGCCCAAUAUGACAGCAACUCAAAGAAAAUCUAUGGCUCCCAGCCAAACUUCAACAUGCAGUAUAUUCCAAGGGAAGACUUCCCUGACUGGUGGCAAGUAAGAAAACUGAAAAGCAGCAGCAGUGAAGAUGUUGCAAGCAGUAACCAAAAAGAAAGAAAUGUAAAUCACACCACCUCAAAGAUUUCAUGGGAAUUCCCUGAGUCAAGUUCAUCUGAAGAAGAGGAAAACCUGGAUGAUUAUGACUGGUUUGCUGGUAACAUCUCCAGAUCACAAUCUGAACAGUUACUCAGACAAAAGGGAAAAGAAGGAGCAUUUAUGGUUAGAAAUUCGAGCCAAGUGGGAAUGUACACAGUGUCCUUAUUUAGUAAGGCUGUGAAUGAUAAAAAAGGAACUGUCAAACAUUACCACGUGCAUACAAAUGCUGAGAACAAAUUAUACCUGGCAGAAAACUACUGUUUUGAUUCCAUUCCAAAGCUUAUUCAUUAUCAUCAACACAAUUCAGCAGGCAUGAUCACACGGCUCCGCCACCCUGUGUCAACAAAGGCCAACAAGGUCCCCGACUCUGUGUCCCUGGGAAAUGGAAUCUGGGAACUGAAAAGAGAAGAGAUUACCUUGUUGAAGGAGCUGGGAAGUGGCCAGUUUGGAGUGGUCCAGCUGGGCAAGUGGAAGGGGCAGUAUGAUGUUGCUGUUAAGAUGAUCAAGGAGGGCUCCAUGUCAGAAGAUGAAUUCUUUCAGGAGGCCCAGACUAUGAUGAAACUCAGCCAUCCCAAGCUGGUUAAAUUCCAUGGAGUGUGUUCAAAGGAAUACCCCAUAUACAUAGUGACUGAAUAUAUAAGCAAUGGCUGCUUGCUGAAUUACCUGAGGAGUCACGGAAAAGGACUUGAACCUUCCCAGCUCUUAGAAAUGUGCUACGAUGUCUGUGAAGGCAUGGCCUUCUUGGAGAGUCACCAAUUCAUACACCGGGACUUGGCUGCUCGUAACUGCUUGGUGGACAGAGAUCUCUGUGUGAAAGUAUCUGACUUUGGAAUGACAAGGUAUGUUCUUGAUGACCAGUAUGUCAGUUCAGUCGGAACAAAGUUUCCAGUCAAGUGGUCAGCUCCAGAGGUGUUUCAUUACUUCAAAUACAGCAGCAAGUCAGACGUAUGGGCAUUUGGGAUCCUGAUGUGGGAGGUGUUCAGCCUGGGGAAGCAGCCCUAUGACUUGUAUGACAACUCCCAGGUGGUUCUGAAGGUCUCCCAGGGCCACAGGCUUUACCGGCCCCACCUGGCAUCGGACACCAUCUACCAGAUCAUGUACAGCUGCUGGCACGAGCUUCCAGAAAAGCGUCCCACAUUUCAGCAACUCCUGUCUUCCAUUGAACCACUUCGGGAAAAAGACAAGCAUUGAAGAAGAAAUUAGGAGUGCUGAUAAGAAUGAAUAUAGAUGCUGGCCAGCAUUUUCAUUCAUUUUAAGGAAAGUAGCAAGGCAUAAUGUAAUUUAGCUAGUUUUUAAUAGUGUUCUCUGUAUUGUCUAUUAUUUAGAAAUGAACAAGGCAAGAAACAAAAGAUUCCCUUGAAAUUUAGAUCAAAUUAGUAAUUUUGUUUAUGCUGCUCCUGAUAUAACACUUUCCAGCCUAUAGCAGAAGCACAUUUUCAGACUGCAAUAUAGAGACUGUGUUCAUGUGUAAAGACUGAGCAGAACUGAAAAAUUACUUAUUGGAUAUUCAUUCUUUUCUUUAUAUUGUCAUUGUCACAACAAUUAAAUAUACUACCAAGUACA